AAGACCAAGACCUCGUCAAUGUUUCGGGGUCCAAAAACGGUCAAAAGAGAAAUCUGUUACGGAGUGGUCACUUAAGUAUCGAUCUUGCCCAGUGUCACUCCAAAGCCUCUCUCUCAUCCGUCCCAUUUGCAAAACCACUCACAGUCGUUCCUGCCUCACCUCAACUCUAGCAAACAAACUGCUUUUAUCUCGACUUCAUCUCCCUCCCUUUCGCUCGUUUCCAAAACAAUCACCAAACCCUCUCCUUGCACCAAACUUCGUCCAGAGAACCUUUGCCCACACAAGACAACCAAAAUGCGUUUCACAGCCCUCCUCACCACCUUUGCCUUCCUUGCCGCCGGCACCUCAGCACAGGACCUCAGUUCCCUCCUCUCGGAAGCCUCCUCGCUUGUUGGCACAGACACCGCGUAUCAAUCACUCCUCUCCAGCGCCGCCUCUGUCCUGAGCACCGCCACCUCUGGUCUAACAGGCGACGCCGCAUCAGUGUACUCCUCUGCUCUCUCUGCCGCUGGCUCCGAAAUCGCCGCCGCAACCAGCAUGGCUGGAUCCCUCACAAGCGCAGCUGGCAGUGCCGCUGCUAGUGCGACUGCUGCUGCUGGCUCGGCUGCUGCAACUGGCUCAAGCACUGACAAUGGUGUCGACAGAGUCGUGCUACCUGCAAUGGGGGCCAUGGGUGCCGCGGUUCUGGGACUGGCUGCCAUGUUGUGAGAUAGAGUCGUGCAUUGUCGAUAUCAACAAAAUCAGGAGAGCAAAAGGACUGGAAUAAAACUCAAUCAUGUCAAGAAGAGCGAGGGCGAGAUCACUGGCGUUUAUGGCACCCGCAUUACUCUGACGGCGACUUGUUCAACGGCCUGGAAUUAGGUUUAGCAUCUCGUCAGACGGCGGCGUAUGGAAUACUGGCUUUCAAAAGAUCGAGAGCUCUCUCAAGUUUGCUUAACGGCAUGAUUGGCUUUGGGCUGGGGACUUGGUGAUGGAAAAGUAUCAGAGAGCCUUUUGUGCACCACUAGAUUGCUACUCUUGCUAAAGCGGAGCAUAUCUCAGCGGAAUUAGUAGACAGAAAAUGAGAAAGGCUCGAUACUAUGCUAUUAGGAGGGAGUUUGUGCGCUUUCCAACCUUCCGUUCACGGUAGUAUGUGGGUUACGAAGAGUAGGUUGGAAGACGUGUCCCGACUCACA